GAAAACAUCUGGCUUUUGAUUGGGCAGCAAAAACGUACCUUCAGUAAUGGCCGAAACAAAGAGAGAUGAGGCUCAAAGUGAACUUUAUUACAAAAAAGAACGACUAAAAUACAGCCCGGAGGAGGAGGCUAGGCUGGAAAGGCAGCACUUUUGGAGAAUAAUCGAUGCUUUUCGAUUUUACAGGGCCCACGUUCAGGAGCAGAUCGUCCGCGCCGAGCGUCAGUUCAAGAGUCUUUCGCCACACCACCAGUCUUUGGUUCCAGGUGUUUUGUCAAACCUGGCCCGAAUCAGCCAGUGUGCCGAACACAACCAGAAGGUCCUGCAGGCCAUCAUUCAGAACAGCCUCCAUAUGUUUGAAAAUGUAGAGUAUUACAGUGAAAGGGAGGAUGAUCCUGGCAAAGUGCGUCCAUCCUCUACGUUUGACAUGGACAAACUUAAGUCGACUAUAAAGCAGUUUGUCAGGGACUGGAGUGAGGUGGGCCAGGCUGAAAGGGACUCCUGCUACAGACCCAUCAUUGAAGAGGUCCAAAGACUCUUUCCAUGUGAUGAAUAUGAUGUGUCCAAGGUGAGCGUGUUGGUUCCUGGAGCUGGGCUUGGUCGUCUAGCAUGGGAGAUAGCUCAGCUGGGUUACACUUGCCAAGGCAACGAAUGGAGUUUCUUCAUGCUUUUUUCAUCCAAUUUUGUUCUGAACAGGUGUGAGAAGGUAAAUGCUUUGACUUUAUACCCAUGGAUCCAUCAGUUUAGCAACAACAAGAAGCUCUCUGACCAAGUGCGACCAAUCACCUUUCCUGAUGUGAAUCCUCAGAGAUUGCCAGAUAAUUCCGAUUUCUCUAUGGUAGCAGGAGACUUUGUGGAGGUUUAUACUGAACCAGAGUCUUGGGACUGUGUGGCAACCUGCUUCUUUAUUGACACAGCUCAUAAUGUUUUGGAGUAUUUGGAAAAGAUUUGGAAAAUUCUUAAGCCUGGAGGAGCUUGGAUCAACUUAGGACCCCUGCUGUAUCACUUUGAGAACAUGGCCAAUGAACUCUCAAUUGAACUUUGCUAUGAAGACAUUAGGGCAGCAAUGGUAAAGCUGGGAUUUAUAGUCGAGGUGGAGAAGGAAUCAAUGCAGACCACUUACACAGAGAAUGACCGUUCUAUGCUCAGAUACGUGUACGACUGUGUCUUCUUUGUCGCGCGAAAGCCCUCAGGUAUGCAUUUCAAGAAUCAAAGCGACGAUCAGCAGCAAAGCUUACCACCAGCUGCUAAGUCACCUCGGCAAGAAGACGCAGACAGAUUUACAUGACAUGAGAGAAAAAAUGAUGAACUUUGAUCCUGAUUUUUAAUGAUGAAGUAAAGUUGACAAAAUGAACUUUUUAUGCAGAAAAUGAUCAGCUUACUUUUUAUGUCAAAUGGAUCUUUAAGGUUGUGGCUGUAAGGUAUUCUCUCUUCAACGGGCAACGAUUUUGACGAACAGUCCACUCACCAAAGUAUGUCUUAAAAUGUUGAAAGUACCGUGAGGUUUUGUAAAACUGUGCCAUAUGUGCUCAGAAAAUGGUCAGUCUACCACGCAACACUGAAAUGUAUUAAAUGUCUUUGCCUAUUUUUUUA